AUGGCCUCCAAAGUACCGUCGCGGGAAGCUCUGACGCUGCUCAAGCACUCCAUUCGCCCUGCGGUAGCUCUCCGUUCGCAGGCACAAUCGCGUCUGAAUUCUUCCGCGGGUGCUUCGCUGCGUCCACAAGCUCAAGCUCAAGCUCAAGCUCACCCAUCGCGGCAAACAGCACGGGGCACUGCAACUUUCACGCACUCCCACCAUGCCGAAGCCGUGUCCGUCAUUCCCACAUUGGUGGACCCCAAUUCGGCAGAUUUCAAAGAGAACAGGCGCGAGAUGGAGGAAGUCACCGAGAAGUUGAACAACCUGCACUCCAAGAUCGCGCAGGGCGGGCCGCAGAAAGCAAGAGACAAGCACCUCCAGCGCGGCAAAAUGCUCGUCAGACAUCGCAUCACGGCAUUGAUCGACCCAGGAACACCCUUCUUGGAGCUGAGCCAGAUGGCAGGUCAUGAAGUCUACCCUGACGAAGACACACCUGCGGCUGGCAUCGUUACCGGCAUUGGAACAGUCAAUGGCGUUCAGUGCAUGGUUGUCGCUAACGACAGCACCGUCAAGGGAGGAACAUAUUACCCGCUUACCGUCAAGAAGCACCUCCGAGCUCAGGCGAUUGCGCAGGAGAACCGACUACCCUGCAUCUACCUCGUCGACUCUGGCGGCGCCAAUCUGCCCCACCAAGCUGAUGUCUUCCCGGACGUUAACCACUUUGGCCGCAUCUUCUACAACCAGGCACGCAUGUCUGGCAUGGGCAUCCCCCAGAUCAGUGUCGUGAUGGGACCCUGCACGGCUGGUGGUGCAUACAUCCCCAGCAUGAGCGACGAGAGCAUCAUCGUCGAAAACCAAGGUCACAUCUUCCUAGCCGGCCCCCCACUCGUCAAGGCAGCAACUGGCGAGGUCGUCUCAGCGGAAGAUCUUGGUGGCGGUAAGCUGCACAGCGAAAUCUCUGGUGUGACAGACUACCUAGCAGUCGACGAUGCCCACGCCCUCGUCCUGGCUCGAAGAAGCAUCGGCAACCUCAACUGGCACCGCAACCAGACCGUCUCCGUGAAGCCGACCUUCAAGGAGCCACUGUACGACCCCAAGGAGCUGAACGGCAUUGUAGGCACCAACCUGCGAAAGCAGAUCCCUAUCCACGAAGUUAUCGCGCGCAUCGUAGACGGCUCAUCGUUCUCCGAGUUCAAGCCUCUGUAUGGGUCCACCCUCGUCACCGGCUUCGCUACUAUCUACGGACACCCCGUCGGUAUUGUAGCCAACAAUGGCAUCCUUUUCAGCGAGAGCUCACUCAAAGGCGCGCAUUUCGUACAGCUAUGCGGCAAGCGCCAGAUCCCGUUAAUCUUUCUACAACACAUCUCUGGUUUCAUGGUCGGCCAGGACGCCGAGAAGGGCGGCAUUGCAAAGAACGGCGCCAAGCUUGUCACAGCUGUCAGCUGCGUUGACGUGCCCAAGUUCACAGUGGUCGUUGGAUCGAGUGCUGGCGCCGGUAACUAUGGAAUGUGCGGCCGUGCCUACUCGCCCCGUCUCCUCUUCACUUGGCCUAACGCAAAGACAUCCAUCAUGGGCGCCGAACAGCUCUCCUCCGUCAUGGCCGCAGUCGGCAAGUCAGACCCAAAGCUCCGGAGCCGCAUUGAGCAUGAGAGUGAGGCUACAUUUGGAUCGGCGAGGCUGUGGGAUGAUGGGAUCAUCCCUCCCGAGCACACAAGGAGAGUGCUCGGUAUGGGAUUGCAGAUGGCAUGUGGCGGACAGAACACCGGUGUUGAGAAGGAUAGCAAGUGGGGAGGCUUAUGCGCAAACACAGACUCGAUCAAAGAUGCAUCAUCAAAGAUUGCGAAAGAGCUGGUCGCGCAGUAUGCGAGUAAAGACAACAACGGCGUGCAUGUCCUCGGUGGCUAUCCAGGAGUCCUGUACCCGCCAUACUACUGGUGGUUAGCCGGUGCUAUGUUCGGGACAUUGUUGGAUUAUUGGCGGUAUACCGGUGACGACCAGUAUAACGACAUGAUGCGCGAAGGCAUGAUACAUCAGUUCGGAGAGAAGCUGGAUCUGAUGCCAAACAAUCAGUCGAAGAACGAAGGAAACGAUGAUCAAGUCUUCUGGGCCUUCACCAUGAUGUCGGCUGCAGAGUACAACUUCCCUGCACCUCCCGACGACAAGCCAGGUUGGCUCGCAAUGGUACAAUCCGUAUUCAACCAAUUUGUCAAGCGCUAUACCAAAGAAGUCGAAGACGGCAACUGCAAAGGUGGAAUGCGCUGGCAGAUCUACCCCUGGCUAAACGGAUGGACAUACAAAAACACAGCCUCGAACGGCGGACUCUUCCACCUCGGCGCUCGACUAGCCAUGUUCACGCAAAACGACACUUACGCCGAGUGGGCUGAGAAAGCAUACGACUGGAUGAACGACAGCGCAUUACUGGACGACGAUGGCACGGUCAACGACGGCAUGAGUAUGACUACCACUCCGCCGUGCAAAGAAGCAGACAGAACACCCUGGACAUACAACUACGGCAUUAUGAUUGCCGGGGCCGCAUAUAUGUACAACUACACCAACGGCGCAGAAAAGUGGCGUUCCGCAAUCGAACGCCACCUGAACAAAACCGACCAAUUUUUCCCGGAGUACUACAAAGGCGUUAUGACGGAGAUUUGCGAAGCAAAAGAACUCUGCGACACGGACCAAGAAUCCUUCAAAGCGUACCUGGCGCGCUGGCUAGGCGUGUGCAUACAAAUGGCGCCCUGGACACACGACAUCAUUAUGCCGCGACUACACACUUCUGCAAAGGCGGCGGCACAGACGUGCGUUGGCGCGAGCCAGCACGGCGCGGGCAAUUAUGCAUGCGGGAUGCGCUGGUGGUGGAAUGGAUUCGACGGCAUCCAAGGUGUCGGGCAGCAGAUGACUGCUCUAAACGUUAUCUCGGUGUUGAACGUUGACAGAGUGGCGCCGCCGUAUACGAGCAAGACGGGUGGUGAGAGCAAGGGCGAUCCCGGGUUGGGGACGGGCAGUGUGGACGACAGUAUUCCGCAGCUGCACACAGAGCCUAUGACCACGGCGGACAAAGCGGGCGCGUCGAUAUUGACGAUUCUGGUUGUGGCGUUUGUGUUUGGGGGUGCUUGGUGGAUUUGCAUUGAAUGA